CUGGGCAAGCGCAGGCGAUUCGAAAUCGUCGACCACAUUCAGCUUGCGCACGCGCGCAUCUUCAACCCCCGCGCCGUCUACGACGGCAACAAGAUUAUGUUCAGUCAGCGGGAGAUCCCAAGCUCUCCCCUAUCGAUCACCCUUGGUGGGCCUCCGCGCACGGUUACUUUUACGGUGGUACUAAGGCGUGUCGGUGCCAUCGACACCGAUAACUUGAAGGCGCUCCUGCAAUAUCACCCGGCUGGCCCCAGCCCACAUGCGCAGACCCUCAUGCCGCUGAACCUCCUUCAACUCAUCGUACGGCAGGCCCCGAACAUGCGCCACGGUUUCCCUCCGAACGCGCAGUCGUUCUAUGUCCCCCAUCGUCAAACCGACCUCGGGUUUGGCUUGAGUGCGUGGCGUGGAUAUUUCCAGAGCGUUCGGCCGACCUACGACAGGCUAAUAAUCAACAUUGAUAGCGUGACCGGCGCCGUGUACAAGGCAACCGGUCUCCUGGCUGUGAUGCAAGAAUGGCUUGGGCUUAGGGACCCGCGACAUCUCGAGAGGCUCGACGCCGCGUCCAUGAACAAACUUAAGACGUUCUUGAGAGGUGUCGUGGUACAGUUUCCUACAUGCCAUCAUGCGAAGAGGACCAAGUCCAUUGCGGGUGUGGUUGCUUCUGGGGGCCUCGAAGAGUUUGAGAAGGACGGCCAAAGGCUCACUGUGCAGCAACACUUUGAGAGCAAGUACAAUACCGUAGUCAGACACCCACGCGCGCCAGGUGUACGCCUAGGGGGCACAACGAUCGUCCCCGCUGAAUUCUGUGUCGUUCAGCCGGGCCAACUCUAUCGCAAGCAGCUGCCGCCAGAGGCCACCCGCAAACUCCUGCAAACGAGCGCUCAAAAACCUCCCCAAAGACUCGAAGAACUUCGCACGCAAUCUCAAACGAUGUACGCCUUUAACCACUCGAGCUCAGAUUUCAUAACCAGUGCAGGCAUGGGUGUCGAGACCGAACUCAUGACUGUACGAGCCAACUUGAUGACAACUCCCCCAAUAAUGUAUGGUCAGAAUAGAACUCCCGUCCCGCCAAAGGCUGGGGCAUGGAACAUGGUGCGCCAACAGUUCGCUCGCCCGGCAGAGCUGAGGUACUUCGUUGUUAUCAACUUCUGCAUCGAUCUGCAAAAUGAUGUAGGUCAGUUUGUGGAUGAUCUCAUGGGCAACUUGAGACUACUGGAAAUGCCGUCCACCUCCCGGCCACCUAUUCGAACGGGUAACCCCCAGAACCCGAUGCUGACACUCGAGGACGCUUUUCAGCGGUUCGGGGUUCCUAUGGGACAACGUCUGUUCCUCCUUGUGCUUCUGCCCGAGCAAGCACAGGAUUGCCGGCAACUUGUCAAGCAUUGGGGAGACAUCACGCACGGGGUUUUGACACAGUGUUUGCGUGCUGGUAAGUGGAAUAAGAAUAUCGGGCCAAGAGGCGAUCAAUAUCGCAACAACGUUGCAUUGAAGAUCAACACCCGAUUGCGUGGUGUCAACUCCACUGUAAAGUCCGUCCAAGAUCUGCUACGGCUAAACAUGGUCAUUGGUGCUGAUGUUGGACACCCGGGUGCUGGUGUCUCAAAUCGACCCUCUGUUGCAGGGCUUGUUGCAAUGGUGGGGGUUUCCCCAAGUGACAUGACCGCCAUCAGCACAGUUCAAGAGCCACGAAUCGAGAUCAUCCAAGAGAUGAAAGUGAUGAUGAUAUAUCUGACCACGGCUCGUUCAGCAUGCAUUGAAAAAGUGGCAAAAGCAUCGGAUAGAAAUCCGGUCUACGAGGACCCUCCUAAAGUCAUUUGGUUCUUCCGAGAUGGCGUGUCCGAAGGGGAGUACGAAGCAGUUGCGGCACAAGAAAUUGUACAAGUCAAAGGCUCGUCAAUUGCUCUGGAGGCCUUCACUGAACUAAAAAUUCCUGAGUCUCUGAAACCGAAGAUCGUCUACGUAAUCGUUGGCAAACGGCACCAUAUUCGGUUCUUCCCAGUUCAGCCCAGUGAUGCAGAUAGGUCCCAGAACUGCCCCGCUGGCUUGCUCGUGGAGCGAGACAUCGUGAGCCCCAAGCACACCAAUUUCUAUCUGCAGUCUCAUGCGGGCAUCCUUGGCACCAGCAGGCCGGCCCACUACACCGUCAUCUGCAAUGAGCCUGGGUUCGCCCGCAUGAGUAAGGCAGAUCGCCCCCCUAUCAUUCUGCAUGCUGACACAACACAUAGGAUCUAUGAGGCGGCGUUCGGCCUCUGUCAUGUUUACGCCAGUGCCACUCGUUCUGUGUCAAUCCCUGCCCCCCGACUCUGCGACCGCCUCUACUUCCACUGCAAUCCCGGCUCCGGAGAGACCGCCACUAUGGCAACAGGAAGUUCGGACAUGCAGUUCGACAUGGAACAGUGGAAGAGGGACUAUAACUUCCAGCCAUCGCUGCUUGGUGAAGAUAAUUUUUUCCUCUAG